UGUAUGUAAAAUCCAUCCAGUAUUACCAUAACUGAUUUUAGUAAUUUUUGUUUACAAAUAACCUAAAACUAAUAUACUUUUCCAGAUUCCAAGAAUAUGUUUUAAAAUAAUAAAAUGUUCAAAAUUGAAUCAUAUGUGACCCCUAUUCUAUUGAGUUAUGUUGAUAAAUAUGUACGAGACUUCAAGCCAGCUGAUGCCCAAGUUUCGCUAUGGGGUGGGGGUGUGGCCCUACAUAACUUGGUGCUCAAGGCUGAUGUGCUACAACAAGAGGUUGCAUUACCAUUCACCCUUGUCUCUGGUCGCAUACACGAGCUACUUAUUCAAGUACCAUGGACCAAGAUUAUGUCUGAACCCAUUGUUAUCACCAUUGAUACAAUCGAAUGUGUUCUUAACUUGAAUCCACCAGAACCUCAAGAUGACAAUUCACCACCAGAACCACCAAGAAGGACUCAAGUAGUGGAAGCACCACCAGGCUACAUGCAGGCGCUAGUCCGUCGUAUCGUAAGCAAUAUUGCAUUGCGUGUUCAUCAUCUUAUCGUGAAGUAUGUUCAGGAUGACAUCGUGUUGUCUCUCAAUGUGAAACAUUUGGCUGUAGAUAGUGCUGGGCCUUCGUGGGAACUGGCAUUUGCUGAUAUCGAUCCAGUGGAGCCUGUUAUUCGUCGGCUGGUGCGGUUGGACGACCUUACUUUGUGCCUCGAUCGUGCUGACUCCGAUGGCAAGAUACGUUUUUACCAAGAGCCUCUGCUCUACCGAUGUCAGCUAGACCUCAGAGUAUUAACGCGCUUGGUGUCAGCUAACACGCGGCGUGCUAUCGGCCUCAGUGUCCAGUUGCGAUCAUCUAAACUCGCAUGGGGGGUGACCAACGAUCAGCUAGUACUGUUACUGAGACUUCUCAAUGAGAUACCUAGGGCUGAAAUUAAGCUACCACCGCCCGCCCCUAAAAUGACCGCGCAAAGUUUGCCGCUGCAUACAUCACAAAACUCAGCGGAGCCGGCUCGUGUUGAAAGUUGGUCAGAAUGGGCGUGGUCCUGGUUACCAACUUUGGCAGACCGUGAGGGAGCGGAGGAAACACCAACACCACCCACACCUAUACCUAUCGCUCUGGUCGCUUAUCUUGAUGACGUGUCACUUGUACUUAAGUAUAAAGAAGAAUCGACGGUAUACUUGAGUAAGAUUGAAGCCGAUUUGCCAGACAAGCCUUGGACUUGGCCUGAAGAAGAUCCAACUGAUGCCAGGAUAGAAUUGGCGCAGGUCGCUGAUGAACCGUUGCGCGGUACUGUGCAUGCAUCACAAGAAAAUCGUGCCUCGACAGAGCAGGAUAUAGAAGAUCGUAUUGAAGAGCCUACGGUAUCUACGGAAAAUAUGGACCCGUUGUGGCAACAUAUGCAACCUAUUCUGUUUGUGGAGUAUAGCCAUGAGCGUUCACCUCCACAACCGUACACCAACCCCUACGAAAACCCACCCAUAGUUAUUGAUGUGUAUUGUGUGCGCAGUGAUUGGGUGGAAGUGUGUGCAAUGAGGGUGCAAGUUCAUCCCCUGGGUUUGGUCGUGAGUCCCGCUCUAGUUCAUCGACUGAGUGCUCUAUAUGCCGCGCUAGGGGAUCUGCCGCCGACGCCUGUCGCCGAUCUGCCAACUCGCACGCUCACCGUAGAAGAGUGUGAGGCGCUAAUGGAGAACUUGCCCCAGAAGCGUAUAUCUAUAGAUAUGCGCGAAAUGCGCGUGCGCAUAGUGCCCUGGGAUCACGCGUCCGUAGACAAGACUAUGGUGCCUUUACUUUCAUUGGACAUAGAAGUGCCUAAAGCCGUAUUUGUCAUAACCGGGCCAUUGUAUCCGCACAGGGUGUGUUCAGCGUCGUGCCAAAUGCCAGAGGACUCGGGCCCACUGUGGAACGCCUCACGUUUACACGUAUCGGGCACGGUGAGUUCAGCGCAAGCUCAACUGUGGACCGGGGAAGGGAAUCCGCGACCGUGCGCGAGAGCAGACAUCCGCUUUGCGCUACACAUGUUGCUCAACAAGCACAUGUUCAGCAGACGGGAGAGCGUCUUGCUCAGCUAUAUUUUGAAGCUUCGCGAGGUGAAUGUGUGCGGUUCAUCUGCUCGUCUCCAAGCUGCAAGCCAGGUGAUCAGUUCGUUGAUGAACGAACGUCUGUCACCGCUACUUCAUCAUUCCACUUUAGCAAAAGAUGCGCUCAAUGAUGAAGGUAAGUCUAUUUUAACUGUUUUUCAAUUUUUUUCGUUAUAUUAUGUACUAGCUGUAACCCGCGGCCCAAGUGGUCUGAGGGUACUGUGUGCACACUGGCCUGCUAUACUGGAAUCUUAAGUUAUUUUCAUUUAAAAAUCUGCCAAUAAAAGCAUCCACCUUUAAAUCAUCAUCUUUAGCUUAUUAACGUAGUAGAUUAGUAUAUAUACAUCAGGGUUCAAUAGCCGCAAUCUACCUUGGAUGGCGAUCAAGGAAUCUGGUAUGAAAAGUAUUAUAUAACUAGGGCACGAAGCCAGAAAUGACAAAUGUUCUUAUAAAUUACACCUUAAGAUAAUCGCAUUUCUACAAAUAAAUAAAUUUCCUUUCAUUUUAUUUCAAGAUAACAUAUAUAAUUUUAUCGAAAUAGACAAAUAUAGGUCACACAUUAUAAUAACAAAGGAAACAACGACAAGAGAUUUUCUCAUACAAUACUAUGUAAAAACACGAGUAUACACUUUCUAAAAUAGCUAAAGAUAAAAUGAAAUGAUAUAAUGGUUAUUUUUGGGAGACGACAUUUUGAACACCCAAAAUAACACAAAAUAUACAUGCAAAUGACUGCAUUUAGUAAUUAUGCUGGUUAUGUUACUAUGAUGUUCUUUUGUAUACACCGUUUAUUGUUUAUAUCAACAGAGUCUGUAGCAAUAGACUUGACAGCGGAGGAAUUGUCUCUCCGUGGUUACUUGACAGCUAACGUGAACACACACAUACUAUCGCUGCAGUCAGCGCGGGCUACCGCCCACCACGCACCGAGUAAGUAUAUAUACGAUUUAUAUGAAGACAUAUUAUAAAUUCAAUAUUUAUAACAUCGCACAUUUUUUUUAUUGCUACAAAAAUAAUAUAUAACCCCCGUCCCUGAUAUUAUACUGACGUAAUGUUACUUUGAUAUGAUAUUGGCUACUUAUUGUUUUCAGAAGACGAAGAAGUGAAGCAAGCCUGGCUGUUCUCAGCACCAGAUGUAACAACCACCACGUAAAUAUUAUCGUCAACCGUAAUAUGAAUUAAUGUAACCGCCAAAAUGGCGAUAUUGAGUUAUAUAUACAGUUCGACUGCAAAUUUUCCGCUCUAUCGAUUGGUGUAUUUAAAAUCUCGAUAUCUUGAAAAAAAAUGUCGAGUACCUUAAUAAAAUUUUAAGUAGAUUUUUUCAUUUAUAUUAACUUUUGUGACGUAUGAUGCAAUUUAUAAAAAUAGAUAAACUGUAAUUUACUGUAAGGGCAGAAUAAGAAAAUAUUUUUAACGUAACUACUCAAUGAAUGACAAUAUCAACAAUGGUCCUGUGUAAAAAACUGAAUUUUAGAAUGAAAGUUAUUAGAAUUGCUACUUUUAAAAAUCGGAUUUAAAUAAUGAGAUAAAAUACAUUAUGAAAGAAGACGCAGAAACUUUCCGAUUUCCCAUGGGUCAAGGAACUAAAAUUUCGUCAGGUAAGGGAAAGGGCAAAGGAAAACGAACAACAGCAAAGAAACUGGAGCCUAAUGAAAGGAGUUUGGUCGAUAAUAAAACUCAUAAUGAUUUACAGAAACUGUACCGGGCACGAUUACCAAUUUCUACGAAAAAUACAUGGAUCUAAAAAAAUUGUGCGAUGACGAAGUUAUACCUAAACAGUAUAUUCAAGAUUAUUUACAGUUACCCUACACUAUGAAAACUGAUUUCUUAGAUGACAUAGGUACUUAAUAAGAGGAGGAAGAGAACGUGACUAGUGAUGAAGAAACUAAGGAACAUAGUAUAAAAACUGAAAAACCAAAUAAGAUAAAUAAAAAAAAAGAGAUAAGCUAGAUACAAGAGUUUCGUGCUCAAAAAUACAAUGUCGUAAUUUAAGAAAUUCAGAUUUACAACCCACAGCAAUU